AUGUGUUUGGAAAUUAAGAUUGAAUUAAUUUUCGAUGAUUGGCUUACAAGUAGUCAGUUAAGUUCUCCAACAAAUUCAGAUUGGCAUGAUUCCUUGACAUCUCCUGCUCCUGAUUUUGAUGAACCAUUUGCAGAUGAAAAUCAUUUAUUAAGUGGUGAAAAUGAAAUUCAAGAAGAAGAGGGAGAGGAAUUGUUUGGAGAAAAUAUGGAAAUUGACUAUCAACCUAUAUCAGCACUUGACAGAUAUGAACAUGAUGUAGUUGAUGAUGAACAUUAUUCAGAAUUAUCCCAAGGAGAACGUGUUGCUGCUGAAGCUGCUAUGCGGAGAAGAGAUCAAGUUGCUGGAAUAAUUAGAGAUGAUAGAGAUUUGCUAUAUGAGGAUAGUGAUGAUGAAGAUCUUUCUCGUAAACGUAAUAUGGCUGAAAAGAUUGCAGCUGGAGAAAUCAAUGAUAAUGAAAUGAUAGAAUCAAUUGAAAAUUUAGAAGAUACUAAAGGUCACUCUGUUAAAGAGUGGGUUACUAUGUUGGCUCCUAGAAAUGAAAUUGCUAAUAGAUUUAAAAGUUUUUUAAGAAUAUAUACAAAUUCGAAAGGACAAUAUGUAUACAAAGAACGUAUUCGACAUAUGUGUGAAAAUAAUCAGUCUAGUUUUAUAGUUGAAUUCGCAGUUCUUGCAAGUAAAGAGCAUGUACUUGCUUAUUUUUUACCAGAAGCUCCAUUUCAAAUGUUAGAAAUAUUUGAUGAAGUUGCCAAAAACUUCGUUUUAACUAUUUUUCCAAGUUAUGAAAGAGUUACUACUGAAAUUCAUGUUAGAAUUUCUGAACUGCCUCUGAUUGAAGAAUUAAGAACAUUUAGAAAACUCCAUUUAAAUCAAUUGGUACGUACAUUAGGAGUUGUAACAGCAACAACAGGAGUUUUACCACAAUUGUGUAUUGUAAGGUAUGAUUGUAAUAGAUGUGGAUAUAUCUUAGGUCCUUAUACGCAGACACAAAGUCAAGAAAUUAAACCUAACAAAUGUCCUGAAUGUCAAAGUAGUGGCCCAUUUCAAAUUAAUAUGGAACAAACAAUAUAUCGGAAUUAUCAAAAAAUUACAAUUCAAGAAUCACCAGGAAAAAUUCCUGCAGGCAGAAUACCUCGCAGUAAAGAUUGUAUUCUAUUAUCUGACCUUGUUGAUCGUUGUAAACCUGGAGAUGAAGUAGAUAUUACCGCUAUUUACACUAAUAAUUAUAGUGGAUCUUUAAAUACAGAAGAGGGAUUCCCAAUCUUUUCAACAGUUCUUUUGGCAAAUCAUUUAUAUGUUAAAGAUUCAAAAGAUAUUGUAGAUUCAUUAACAGAAGAAGAAAAACAUUAUAUUUUAAAAUUGAGUAAAGAUCCUCACAUUGGUGAUCGUAUCAUUACUAGCAUAGCACCAUCCAUUUAUGGCCACAAAUUUAUUAAAAGAUCUUUAGCUCUUUCAAUAUUUGGUGGAGUUUCUAAAAAUCCUGGUAUGAAACAUAAAGUAAGAGGUGACAUAAAUAUUUUAAUAUGUGGAGAUCCUGGAACAGCUAAGUCACAAUUUCUCAAGUAUACAGAGAAAAUUGCACCUAGAGCAAUUUUUACAACAGGACAAGGUGCUUCUGCUGUUGGUCUUACGGCUUAUGUUAGAAGAUCUCCUAUCACUCAGGAAUGGACUUUGGAAGCUGGUGCUUUAGUACUUGCUGAUAAUGGCGUCUGCCUAAUUGAUGAGUUUGAUAAGAUGAAUGAUCAAGAUAGAACAUCUAUUCAUGAAGCUAUGGAACAACAAAGUAUUUCAAUUUCUAAAGCUGGUAUUGUUACAUCGUUGAAUGCAAGAUGUGCAGUAAUUGCUGCUUCUAAUCCAAUUGGUGGUAGAUACGAUGCAAGCAUGACAUUUGCUGAAAAUGUAGAUUUAUCUGAACCAAUUGUAUCACGUUUUGACAUAUUAUGUAUAGUUAAAGAUGAAGUAGAUCCCAUGCAAGAUAGGCAUUUAGCAAAUUUUGUUGUUAAUUCUCAUAUUAAACAUCAUCCAACCAACUCGGAGAAAAUUAUACCACCACAGUUAAAAAACUGGGCAGACAAAAAUAUAGAAGAACUUGAACCAUUAGAUCAAGAAAUUUUGAAAAAAUACAUUGUUUAUGCAAAACAAAAUAUACAUCCAAAACUUAAUAAUGUAGAUCAAGAUAAAAUUGGGAAAUUAUAUAGUCGAUUAAGACAGGAAAGUUUGAUAACUGGAAGUCUUCCAAUUACUGUUCGUCAUAUUGAAAGUAUUAUACGAAUAGCUGAAGCCAAUGCCAAAAUGCAUUUACAUGAAUUUGUGCGAGAAGAAGAUAUUAACCUCGCUAUUAGAAUGGAACUUGAAAGUUUUGUUGAAACCCAAAAAUAUUCUGUUAUGAAAGACAUGCGUCUGGCAUUUAAUAAAUACUUAACAUUUGAAAAGAAUCAUAAUGAGUUAUUAUAUUUUGUACUUCGGGGUCUUACAUUAGAUGCUUUGGCAUUCCAAAAAGCAAUAUACAGAGGUCAUAUAACUUCAGUUGAAAUUGUUGAAAAAGAUUUAUUAGAUAGGGCCAAGCAGUUUAAUGUAUACAAUCUUUCAACAUUUUAUAAGAGUAAUCUAUUUAGAUUGAAUAAUUUUAUUUACGAUUCAAAACGUAAAAUUAUUAUUCAAACAUUGCCAGCAAUCGAUGAAGAUUAAUACUCAAUUAUAACAU